AUGUCGAAAGUCCACAAAAGACUUGUUGACGCAGAGCUCUAUGAGAAGAAUGCAGAGGGCGAAGACGGUUCUGUUGAGAAGGAGAUGGCUGAAGUCGUUCCUGUCGAUUCGGAGGUUUUUGGUGGUGAACAUACACACGCGAUAGACGGAUGGGUAUGCGCCACCCUGCAUCCAGCCAUGGUGUGGGUCACAGGACCACCCGGGACUCCUGUCUAUUGA